CCCUAAUCCCUACCGAGUCAGCUCUUUCCCUCUCUACGUUUCCUGCCCCGCAAUCCGUCGCUCCACCCACGGUAAACUCUCUCUCUCAUCCCCUGUUUUUUCCCCAGAGCUUUCCGAGCGAACCCUUGGGACGUAAUCCGCACGAAUCUGUGAUUAUUCGUCGGAGAUCAUCCUCACCUGGUUGGCUCUCCUUCUUUACGACUCAGAACCAAAAUCUAGGUGACAUAUGAUGCUUAGAAAAAUGCCGUAGUUGCUUGGUGCGUAAUGGAGUCUCCUGACAAUAAAACAAGAGCUCUGUGCAGGAUUGGUGAUAGAUCAACUAGUGAUGUUGUCGUAAGGCUAAGAACGCAGGAAGGCCGAGAUGAGUGGGUAUACUGCCACUCCUAUGUCCUCAUAAGUAACAGCAAGUAUUUUUCUGAUCGCUUAUCUGAGAAUUGGCCCACCUGUCAGAUUCUGGAUUCGCGCAACUGCGUUGAGGUCUACUGUCAAGAAUGUGACCUGGACUACCAUAUUAAUGUCCUUCGCCUAUUCUAUGACAUAAAUGUCUGUUCAGUGACUGACAUGUGUCAUGGUGUUAGAAAUGCCCUUGGUGUUCUCCGUGUGGCCAAUGAGCUUGGGUGCCCCCAAAUAAUUGCUUCUUGUGUGGACUACUUGGAAGCAGUCUCUUGGGAAGAAACUGAGGAGGAGGAGAUCCUAAGAACCAUUCCAGGAAUGGGAUCACAAGCAGAACCGAUACUUGCUCGUCUCCAACCUGUUAAUACAACUGCUAUUGUCAGGAUUUUUCUUGCAGCCAUUCGAUUUGCCACGUCAUCCCCUUGUCCAUCCCUGACUGAUUUAAAGACCUCAGCUCAGGAGCAGCUCGAGUACAUGCUUACUGAAGAUGAUGAUGUUCCACUACUAACAGCUGACGACCAAAUAAAAUCGGAGGUAAGCGAAUGUGUCAAUAGCCUCUUUACCAGAUUUACCACUCUAUUAGAGUCUUUAGUAUGCAAGACCGAAGAACCAGUUUCUGAAACAGGGAAAUUGCAGUUAUUCCAAUCAUAUCUGACAGACUUAUCAUGGGCUUGUCAGAUACUAGUCAAAUUGGAGAUAAUGAGAGAGUUUAUUAUGAAGUGGAUGGAGGCAUCGGAUAACAUAGUGAAGGCAGUUGACCAAGCUAGCCCAGAAGCCGAUAUUCUUGAGUCAAGAUUGAAGAUUGUGGAGAUCACAGCUAAGAUUUUAGAACCGAUGGCUUAUGGAACCAUAAUACUACCAACUGCAAAACGCCUUAAGAUGGUGAAGGUGUGGCUUCCAUUCAUGAGGAUAGCGAAGCCUUUGAUUGAUGCUGCCUUGGCUGAUGGUGAGGAGGGUCUGGCACUAAAAAUGGAUGGUGAGCUCUGGCAAUCCUUGGAGUCUGCGUUUGUUUCAAUCAUUCUUGCAUUGCCAUCUGGGGACCAGGCAGAGAUCUUGACUGGGUGGUUGCAAAACGAGCAUAUUCGAUACCCAGAUCUCACGGAGGCAUUUGAGGUGUGGUGUUACAGGUCUAAGGUUGCCAAGAGAAGACUAGCAUCAUUUGGGGUAUCCAUAGUAUGACCUAUAUCCAUAGUAAGACCCGUAUUUAAUUUUGAUAAUUUUAAUGCGAGAUUAUGCUUUUAAUGUGAAAUAUGAUGUGGGAAUGUCUUGGGGUUGAAGUGUGAUUGCUUUAUAGUUGGGAAGCCAUUGUGAAACUUGAGUAUUGGAAAGGUGUAUGUGUAAUCUGGGGUGUAUAUAUGUCAAAAAAAUCUCAGGAAAAGGUAUAAAGAAUCACUUUCCCUUCUCUCUCUC